UCUCUCACACCACCCACAAAUAUCAUCAAAAACAUAUUUUUCUCUCCUUUUUGCUUUAUAUAUUCCUCAGCUUCCAAAUCCAUUUCCUAAUCAUUCCAACAACCCUCUCUCUCUCUCUCUCUCUGGAAAAUUGUGAUGGUGAAUGAUCCAAGAACAUACUUUGAGACUUGUUUUGGAAAAUGGAAGUAAAAUUGAGCCCAUACAGCAUCUACCCAGAAGAAGCCUCUAGCAUGAAGAAGCCACAUAACUAUGAAGAUGGAACAACAUCAUCAUUAACAACAACAACAACAGAUCUCAAUUUAAGAUACUUGUCAAAAAUUAUUCUUCCUCCUUUGGGUGUUUCUGGGUAUAAUCAGAACCAGAAUGAAUCCAAUGGCAAGAUUAUCUCUCCCAUGGAUUCCAGAUACAGGUGUUGGGAGACAUUAAUGGUGGGAUUGGUAGCAUACACAGCUUGGGUUUACCCUUUUGAGGUUGCUUUUCUCAAUUCCAAUCCAAAAAGAGAUUUAUUCAUCGCCGACAACAUUGUUGAUCUCUUCUUCGCCAUUGAUAUUGUCUUAACCUUCUUUGUUGCCUACAUUGAUCCUAUCACUCAACUUCUUGUUCGUGACCAAACUAAAAUUGCCUUGAGGUACAUGUCAACAUGGUUUUUGAUGGAUGUGGCAUCAACAAUACCAUUCGAGGCGCUUGCAUUCUUUUUCACUGGCAAACACCACUCUGGCCUCUCCUAUUCUCUCCUUGGAUUGCUCAGAUUUUGGCGUCUCCGACGUGUUAAGCAAUUCUUCACCAGGCUUGAAAAGGACAUCAGAUUUAGCUAUUUCAGGGUCAGAUGUGCUAGGCUCUUAUCUGUGACAUUGUUUCUAGUGCAUUGUGCUGGGUGCCUAUACUACUUGCUAGCAGACAGAUACCCACACCAGGGGAAGACAUGGAUUGGAUCUGUGAUUCCAAAUUUCAGGGAGACAAGCCUCUGGAUUCGUUACAUCUCUGCCCUCUACUGGUCCAUGACCACCAUGUCCACCGUUGGCUACGGCGACAUGCAUGCAGUCAAUACCAUGGAAAUGAUAUUCAUCAUUUUCUACAUGCUUUUCAACCUUGGCCUCACUGCUUACCUCAUUGGCAACAUGACUAACUUGGUUGUUGAAGGCACUCGUCGAACCAUGGAAUUCAGAAAUAGUAUUGAGGCAGCAUCAAACUUUGUGUGCCGGAAUAGACUGCCGCCUCGGCUGAAGGAGCAGAUAUUGGGAUACAUGUGUUUGAGGUUCAAGGCUGAGAGCUUGAACCAGCAGCAACUCAUUGAGCAGCUUCCCAAGACUAUUUGCAAAAGCAUCCGCCAACAUUUGUUUUUCCCAACAGUCGAGAAGGUCUAUCUCUUCAAGGAUGUCUCCAGGGAAAUUCUCUUGCUUCUGGUUGCAGAUAUGAAGGCAGAGUACAUUCCACCCGGAGAGGACGUUAUACUGCAGAAUGAGUCACCAGAUGAUGUAUACAUCAUUGUAUCAGGAGAGGUGGAAAUGAUCGACUGUGACACCGAAAAAGAGAAAGUUGUUGGGACUCUGCAAUCUGGGGACAUGUUCGGAGAAGUUGGAGCUCUCUGUUGCAGACCUCAAGGCUUCAUGUACCGAACCAAGACCCUUUCGCAACUCCUGAAGCUAAAAACCAGUGCCCUCUUAGAAGCUAUGCAGACCAAACAAGAAGAUAAUAUCACCAUGUUUAAGAACUUCCUCCAGCAUCACAAGAAGCUAAAGGAUCUGAGAAUAGGAGAUAUAUGGCUAGAAGAUGGGGAAGAAGAUGGAGACCCAAACAUGUCCAUCAACUUGCUUACUGUCGCCGGUACUGGCAAUGCUGCCUUUCUUGACGAGCUUCUCAAGGCUAGGUUGGAUCCUGACAUCAGUGACUCCCAAGGAAGGACUCCACUGCACAUUGCAGCAUCCAAAGGGCAUGAAGAGUGUGUAUUGGUACUUCUCAAGCAUGCAUGCAACAUACACCUCCUAGACAUGGAAGGCAACACAGCACUAUGGGAUGCUAUAUCAUCCAAGCACCACUCCAUAUUCUGGAUACUGUACCACUGCGCCGCCAUAUCUGAUCCCUACACAGCUGGUGACCUUCUUUGCACAGCUGCAAAGAGAAACAAUCUCGCAGUGAUGAAGGACCUUUUGAAGCAAGGUUUGCACAUCGAUUCCAAGAACUGUCAUGGCCAAACAGCUCUGCAAAUCGCCGUGGCAGAAAACCAUGUUGACAUGAUCAAGUUCCUCGUGAUGAGUGCCGGUGCAGAUGUCGGCAACAUAGAUCAGCACAAGCUUCCUAAGUCUUUGGAUUUGAAUGAAAUGUUGCAGAAAAGAGAGGUAGGGCACCGGAUAAUGGUCCCCGAUGAUGUGUCGCCGCCAAAUGAGGUGGUUUUGAGGAGGCGGCAAGGUGUAGGAGGGACAACUGAGGGGAACUUGGGAGGAUCAGGGGGGCAUUUUUGUCCAAGAGUUAGUAUAUAUAGAGGACACCCUGUGGUGAGGAAGGAUAGUUGUUGCACUCAGGCUGGGAGGCUUAUUAGGUUGCCAAAUUCGCUCUUGGAGCUCAAAAGCAUAGCAGGUGAAAAGUUUGGGUUUGAUGCAAGAAAUGCAUUGGUUUUAGAUGAGCAAGGGGCAGAAAUUGACUCCAUUGAAGUGAUAAGAGAUAAUGAUAAGCUUUACAUAGUUGAAGCUUCAGACCCAACUCCUUUAAUAUAACCAAAAGGUUAUUUAGAAAAUGAAUUAACUCUAUAGAGGGGAGUCACUGUUUUUUUGUCCCCCCUCCCUCUUUUCUUGUAAUGUUUUAUUACUUUCAAAACAAAAAACUAUAUAGGAUUGCAUAAAGCAAAAACCUUCACUUAUUAUGUGUAUUUCUUGUAUAUUUAGGCCAAGUUUGGCAACAUCAAAAUAAUCCAUCUUUUUAUCUUUUUA